CAUCAAGUGGCCAUGGACGCGUUCCUUAAGGGCAUCUCGAGAGCCAAGGACGGCGUGGUGGCCGCGGCGGAGAAAACCAAACAGGGAGUGACCGGCGCGGCUGAGAUGACGAAAGACGGGGUGAUCUUUGUCGGUACCAAGACGAAGGAUGGAGUGACAACAGUUGCAGGAAAAACUGUGACUGGGGUGUCCAACGUGGGCGGGGCCGUGGUUUCCGGGGUUACCAACGUCGCCCACAAGACAGUGGAGGGGGCAGGCAACAUUGUUGCUGCAACAGGAUUGGUCAAGCGAGAUCCAGCCAAAAAUGAAGAGGAGGCUGCGGCAGCACAGACUGCCCUGGACUCUCCGGUAGAUGCAGACAGUGCAGACGCUACUGAGGGGGAGGACGACUAGAUCACGAACAGCCUCCAGAUUCACAUUCUAAGAACUACGACCAGAACAUUCCCCGCUCUACUGCCAAGUCCCGUUGUGCCUCCUCCUGAUUAACUCUGUGUGUCCGUGCACAUGCGAUUAUUGUGCGUUCAAGUGUGUGCGCUUUUUCGGAAGAUGUCUUUUUGUAUGUUGUUUAUAGGUGUACUCAAAUGUCUGAUCUAGGGGGGGAUGUGAGAUGUGAUAUGUGUGUUUGACUAAAUGUGUGUCAACUAAUGUUUCAAGUCUGUUGUGAAAAUGGUGUCCUUCUUUGUCCUGCUGUUUCAGUGACUCCCUCCCACUGAGAAUGGCAUCUGGGCACAAAGAUGUUGUGUGUAUGUGUGUGUGUUUGUGUACGUGUGUAUGUGUGUGUGCGUGUCCUAUAUAUCUUCAGAAGCGAUGAAAAAAGUACAACUAAAUAAAUAGGAAUAUGUCAGAACUGAACAUUAUACCACCUACGUUUCUAUAUAGGGAGACCAAAAUGAAAGCGAAACAACUAUUACUCUAUUUUUGUGCGUAAAUCUUUUCUCGGAGUUGUUUGCGGUUGACUGUCCAGUGCUCAACCAUUGGUGGACUCGUACUGUAUUUUUCUAAGUUGUCACCGUUUGCUAUUGAAAUGCAUAUUGUCGAUGUAGUUUAGAUUUAAAUAACAUAGCAUGUAUCCAUGAAUUCAUCUCAAACUGCCGUGAUAUGUAUGUUUGUUCUGUUAAGUGUUGAAAAAUAAAAUAUGGCUUUGUUCUGUAUGGCCAGGGUCCUUAAAUAA